CUACCCGAUCCGCGAAAUUUGCGACGAACAACGAAAAAUAUAAACGGAAGCCCGAGUGUCUAGUGCGUCUUAUCGAUGCUGCCUGUCAUGCCAGCGUUCUCGCUCUGCUAUUUCGUUCUAUUUGUAAACACCUCGUUUGACAAUCGCGCGUAAACAAAGAAAAUGGAGUUUAUUAUGAAUAUUUUGUUGCAUUAUUAUGUAAUUGUUGACAACUAUCGCCACUUUGUUGAAGCUUUUAGAGGGAGAUAGUCGAUUGCCAGACUGAUUAUUAAGCAGAAAUAGAUACAUAGUUGCAAUAACAUCAUAAAUAUGAAUAGAACUUGGAAUGAAAUGUGUGGAACCUCGUUAGGUGCUUGUUUAUGCGUGCUUAAUGUAAAGUAACACACGAAUGGUAUGCAUUUUUCUCAGUCUGUGUCAAUAAUUCAAUCCCAAGUGGGCAUUAUACGGGGAGUACAAGUACUUUAUAGCGAUAGUAAUCCUUUAGAUGUAGAUUUAGUAAUAAACUUACCUCACGAUGGUGUACGGCUUAUAUUUGACCCUGUGGUGCAAAGGCUCAAGAUAAUUGAAAUAUAUAAUAUGAAAUUAGUCAAACUUAAGUACUGCGGUUUGCCAUUCAAUUCACCAGAGGUUUUGCCAUCGAUCGAACAGAUUGAACACUCCUUUGGAGCAACACAUCCUGGUGUUUAUGAUAGUGACAAACAGGUGUUUGUUCUAAAUUUUCGAGGAUUAUCAUUUUACUUCCCCAUUGACUCUAAGUUCCAACCUGGGUAUGCUCAUGGUUUAGGGUCACUGCAAUUUCCAAAUGGAACUUCGCCGCUUGUAGCAAAAACAGCCAUCUAUGUCGGUAAUAUGGCUGGUGGAAGCGGAAGCGACGAACAUAAUUUAAAGGCACCACCGCCACCUCUACCGCUCGUCUGCUAUCACAAUAACUUGUAUUUGGAAAAGGCAGAUGUUUUGCGUGACAAAGCACGUACUCGAGGUCUCAGAUUGCAUCUUUUCACGGAAGGUAGCUCUGUAACAAGGGUACUACUGGAGCCGAAGAAACGCUGCUUAACCAAAGAGGUGUUAUUUGGCGAUACGUGCGAAGAUGUGUUGAGCGCCUUGGGGGCACCUUCUCGAGUGUUUUUCAAAGCCGAGGACAAGAUGCGUAUUCACAGUCCUCACGCGCACAAACGUGAUAAAAUAAGGCGAUCGGAUUUCUUCUAUAAUUAUUUCAGUUUAGGAUUGGACGUUUUAUUCGAUGCCAAAACCCAAUGUGUUAAGAAAUUUGUGUUACACACAAAUUAUCCAGGGCAUUAUAAUUUUAAUAUGUAUCAUCGUUGCGAAUUCUCUUUAUCUUUGCCGCCCGAAAAUAAUUCCAGUGAAUCGGCAAAACUCAUAGAUGUUUCCCCUUCUCCAGUUAUGAUCACUGCCUAUACAAAAUGGGAUAGAAUAAGCGAGCAACUGAAGGCGAGUGCACGACCAGUGGUCUUGAACCGUGCGUCUUCGACGAACACGACAAAUCCAUUUGGUUGUACGUUUUGUUAUGGUAUACGCGACGCGAUCGUCGAGGUCAUGGCAAAUCAACACAUUGCGAGUGUAACUUUAUACAGAGCGGCGUGACCUUGAUAAUUCACAUACUAUGGUGCAUUAUAGAGCGCUCGUUAAUGAGCAGAUAAAGGAAUGGCAUUAAAAAGAUUAAAAAAAAAAAAAAAAAAGAAAAUGGGCAAGUUUCAAUGUUGGCAAUUACAUAAUAACAUUCGUUCGAAAGACUGUACGAUCGAGAACAGAAGUGUCAAGAGUAAUGCAUGUAAAAACACUGACGGAGUUCUUUUUAACGCUAAUGUAACCUGAAACUGUGAGGAUGUUAGGUAAAAUAACGUGCGAUUACCGAGAAGGCGAUGUGGUGUGAGGCUCAGAAACCAAGCGAUAUCAUUUUGAAUAUCACAUAUUGUUGCUUAUAACAUUUUACAUUUUUCCUUGGAGUUAUCUAUCAAGGAAGUCAAAUAGAAAAAAAAACGAAAAAAAAAUAUGAAAAACGCAAAAAGAAAUCAACUAAGGGGUACAAGUGUCUGCAAUAUUCGAUAAUAUCAUCUUUAAUAUACCGUUUUUAUCAUUUGAUUAUAAGUUUUAAAUAUAGUAAAUAAAAAAAAAAUGGUUUUGUGUGAGCAAUCAAUACUACGAUAUCUGAGCUCGAUAAAAAAAAAAAUAGUUCCAGAGGAUAAUAAGAAUUUUGAUAGAUGAUGAUAAACCUACAGUGAUUAUAACAAUAACGAUUAAUAACCGUAAAAUAUAAUAAUGUGCUUAGUGCAAGUAAAAGAAAUAUCUAACUUUCGUAAACCAAAAUUUUGUAACCGGUGUUUCGGACAACAGAUAACGAACAAACAAUGAAUGGAGCAAAAAUAAUGUUUGGAUGUAGAAAUCACACGGCGCGAUAGGCACGAUACACGUACGAAUGACGUUGCCCAUUCAAUCUGUAUAGAAUUGAACGUAAAAAUAUGAAUUAUAGUAUCCUAAAUGUACCUUACAUUAAUUUCUUAACAAAAAUAGUAAUGGAUUCUCUUUUGAAACAAAAAGUACUCGGACAACGGAACAGUCUACGGAGGAAAACAUAAAUAUGUUUGUUUGUACAAGAGGAAGAUGGCCUGCUUUUUACACUUCCAUCUAUUAAACUCUGACCAUUGUGAUACGCCAGAUUAUAAGGCCCAUUAAUUAUAUCGAUUACUUGUUUGCAUUAACACACAAAAAAAUGAUAUUUAGUUAAUAAUAUACUUUCUUAUAUUUCUCUCUGUGCCGUUAGGUAAUAUCGCGGUAUAAAUAUAUGCGCAGAAUCCGAUUAGUCGUUAAUGUUUUAGUAUUUAAAUGUAACAUUGAAUUCCUCUAUAAACCUGCUGGAAAGCAGCUACUCACGGAAAGUUUCUUUUUCUACAAAUUUGAAUUCACUUCGAUGUUAAAUUGCACAAUCGUAUACCCUAUUCCGAACUGUUCUCAUUAAUUAUAGGGUAUUAAAAAAAAAAAGUAUGUUUUAUGUAAUGUAUAAACUUCGAUAGUUGAUAAAUUACAAUGAUUAUAAGAUCUGUAACGAAUAAUAAUCGUAAAAUAUAAUAACGAUUACCGUUGAAUGGACAUACGACGUAUGAACGAUAAUUACUUUGAUUAACACUUUUAUCUGCGUAGACUCGCGAUAGCUUUGUUUAUCCUAUUCGCUCGUCUAGGAAAAUGUUACAUCCACAUUCUCAAAGUAAAAUACUGUUACGUUGGUUUGCACAAAAUUUUGAAAAUUAAAGAAACCAGAAGAAACAAUUUCAUUCAUUUUUGUAACUAAAAGUAGUUGUUAUUCCUGAAGCGAAAAAGCUCUUUGACAGAAUUUGUGUUCAAUCGCAAAGAAGGAGUAACUGUUAUGAUUCUCUUUAAUUUUCAAAAUGAAUUUUGUAUAAAUUCUGUCGCUUUUACCAAGUGCUGGCUUUUCUUUGCUGUUUCGAAUUCGAAUGCCAAGUGAUCUCAUCGCGUCAAACUCACGAUUCGAAAACGAAAUGGGGAAAUAAACGGUGAACGAAAAAAGUGUUAAUCGACUCGUAAUUUUGCAAAGUGGGAGACGCAGACGGCGCUUGCGCAACUAGUAAAUUGCGCCUGUUCUUGUUUCUCAAAAUCCUAUUUCGACGGAAUACCUCCUAUUUUGUGACGCUACGAUAAACUGAUUUUGCGUGGAAACUAUUUCGAAGUAAAUAUACAGAGUAUGAAAUCUUUCUUACAAAUUGAAACUGAUCGAGUACACGAUGAAAAAAUUAAAAAGAAAAAAAAAACAAUUAUCAAAUCAGCAGGAACUUUCAGAAAUUACGUACUCUAUAUAAUUACUUUCAAUAAUCCUCCCUGAAAUCUCUCUCUAUUUAAUUUAUACGAAAAGAUAAUUUUGUAUUGAAUGAAUUAUAAAAUCGUGUAAAACAAUUUUCGAUAAAUCAUUUCUCUUUCGCAGCUCUGACUUCAAUACUCCUCGUUAAGAAGUUUUAUUCUCCGAUUGGCGACAUUGCUCGCGAACGACGAAAACGAUAUUCGAACAUCAAAUGUUUUGAAUGUAAUAAAACAGCAAUUUCUGUUUAUG